CCCAGAAUCCCCCAGCCAGCAUGAGAAACACUGCCUGGGACUAUGUCAUGCAGCUAAUGCCACCUCUGUUCUCCACUCUGGCCGGAGGACACUAUCCAAAGCCGCUUGCCAGGAAGGCGCCUUCGUAUCCUGACCAGAGAUGGCAGAGACUAAAACCUGUGUGCGCAGGAGGAGGCUGUGCAAAUGGGCUCCACUGGGAUUUACUGGAGAGCCGUUGCGGUCAACUGGAGACGGCCGCGCGUGGCUCAGUGGAUUACUGCUUCAUUCAGUACAGCCAUGUCCUAUCUUUGUUCAGAGCAGCCAUUCUGAACUGCAGAAGGAAGUGAGAUGUGUUUACACAGCGGUAAAUUUGCACGUAUUUUUCUGAUUUACCUGUUGCUGAAAUACGUUUUUUAAAAGGUACCUACGUUUCCCCCUCCCUCUCUUUCCUUUCCUCCCCACAGCGAAAUAAGAGCUGGGAGUAGCAGAUCAUCUGAAGAGGUGGGCAGGGAGGUCACCGCCCCCUGUUGCGCCCUGGUGUUUGCAGAGCUGGAUUCACUAACCAGGCAUCUUCGCACAUUGUUCUUCCAGAAGCCAGACCGCCCCGAGCUCAGCCCUCUCCGGAGCAUGGGUCUCUUAGUCCACAUCCUGGUCUGCCUGCUGGGGACAGGCUCGUGGGUAGCCAUCAACGGCGUGUGGGUGGAGCUGCCUCUCAUGGUGCCCCAUGUGCCCGAGGGCUGGCUCCUGCCAUCCUUCCUGACAAUCGUCAUCCAGCUGGCCAACCUGGGGCCUCUCGCCUUCACCCUGGCACACUGCUUCCUCCGUGGGCAGGUGGACGAGGCAGGCGUCAUUUAUGGCCUGCUGGGGCUCGGCUGCCUGGCCUGCGUCCUGCUGGCCUUCUUUUGGCAGGAGACCAGCGUGCUGGGGGGGUCCCGCUACAGCGUGCCCCUCCUGGCCCUGCUCUUCUUCCUGGCCCUGGUGGACUGCACCUCCUCUGUCACCUUUCUGCCCUACAUGCUCCGGCUGCAGCCCCAGCACCUCACCACCUAUUUCGUGGGCGAGGGACUAAGUGGCCUCCUUCCAGGGCUGGUGGCAUUGGGGCAGGGGGCGAGCGCAGCUCACUGCAUCAAUGCCAGCCUGGCAGGCAAUGGCACAACAGGGCUGCUGGCCGAGUACCAAGAAGCCCGUUUCUCCGUCCGCACCUUCUUCCUCUUCCUCAGCAGCAUGAUGGCGUUGAGCCUGGCAGCCUUCCUCUUCCUCAACUACCUGCCUGAAUGGGCAAAGGAGAACCGUGCCCAGGUACAGGGAGAGAGCCCGGAUGCCGCACAAGCCCCUGUGAAAGCACGGCCCAGGAUGAGGGGCAUAGACUCUGGCGGUGGCCCCACCUACUCUUGUGCCCAGAAGGCCUGCAUCUUUGGGCUCAUGGCCUGGGCCAACGCCCUGACCAAUGGCCUCCUCCCUGCACUGCAGUCCUACUCCUGCCUUCCCUACGGCCGCCCCGCCUACCACCUCUCGGCCACCUUGGCCAGCCUGGCCAACCCCCUCGCCUGCUUCCUUGGAAUGUUCCUGCCUGGCAGGUCUCUGAUGUUCCUGGCUCUGCUCUCCUUUGCUGGAUCUCUCUUGGCCUGUUACAUCGUGACCAUGGCGGCUCUCAGCCCCUGCCCUCCCUUGCUGCAUUUGCCCCUCGGCGUUCUCCUCAUCGUCCUGUGCUGGGUCCUCUUCGUCGGCAUCUUCUCCUACGUCAAGCUGAUGAUUGGGAAAAUCCUGCGGGACGAGGGGCGCAGCGCCCUGGUCUGGUGCGGGGCAGUGGUCCAGCUGGGCUCCAUGGUGGGGGCCCUCGCUAUAUUCCCCCUGGUCAGCAUCUACAGCGUCUUCCACUCGGGAGACCCCUGCAACCCCAGCUGCCCCGGCUAGCAGCACCCCAGCGGAGGCAACCACCAUUGUCGCCAUUGCCACUGGCUUUGCCAUGAAAGCUGCCAGAACCCCCCUCCAUUCCAUCCCCCCCCAGCACCACCAUGGCCUGGGAGGUGGGGCUUCCCUGGCUUGCAACGGGGGCCUCCUCCUUCACUGCUGCCCCUUCGCCAUGUCCUGUGGAGGGCGGGUCAGGGACAGGGCCCUGCGUUGCGUUGCGUUGACACUCCACUUUCUUUUACAGCAAAUUAUAUAAGGUUGGCAGUUUUUAAAAAACGUGUCCAGCUGUUCUCUGCCGCCUUUCACAAAAGCAAAGGCGGUUCUUUUCCAGGGCGGCAGAAGUCCAUCAGUUUUACAAUUCCAUCUUCGUGGG